AUGGGGUACAGUACCCCCGCGGAAUUCGAUGCAGCGUAUCGCAGCACGCAGGCCGUGUUCGCGUCGGGUCUCACCAAGAAAAAAGAAUGGCGCCGCCACCAACUCAAGCGCGCCUGGUGGAUGAUCGAAGAUAACAAGGAACGCAUGGCCACCGCCCUUUAUGCCGACCUGCACAAGGAUCGCCAGGAAACCUUUUUCGCGGAAUGUGGAGUCACGCAGAGCGAUAUCCUCCACACCCUCGACAAGUUAGACCAGUGGACCCAGGAUGAGCGGCCCGCCAGGACCAACAUGCUCAACUUCCUGGGCCGGGCCGUUGUGCGCAAAGAGCCGCUGGGCGUGACCUUGAUCAUCGGCUCCUGGAAUUUCCCCAUCAACCUGCUGCUGCAGCCCAUGGUGGCCGCCAUUGCCGCCGGCUGCGCCGUCAUCCUGAAACCGUCCGAACUGGCCCCCGCCGCUCAGAAGCUGCUGCGAGAGAUCAUCCCAAAGUACAUGGAUCCCGGCGCCAUCCGUUGCGUGACUGCGGGCCCCGAGGAGAUGCAAUAUGUCCUGACCCAUCGCUUCGACCAUAUCUUCUAUACGGGUUCCCCGCGAAUCGCGCGCGUUAUUCAGACGGCCGCCACCAAAUAUCUCACCCCGGUGACCCUCGAGCUGGGAGGACAAGCCCCGGCCAUUGUCACUGCCACCGCCAACAUCGACCUUUCUGCUAAGCACAUUGCCGCGACCAAAUUCAUGACUGCCGGCCAGGUGUGCGUCAAUGUCAACCAUGUUCUGGUUGACCCAAGGGUGCGCGACGUCCUCAUCAGUCAUUUAAUCCAACACUUCGACGUCUUCAUGGGUGGCCGAGACACGCGACCCGAGGGCUACACGCACGUCAUCAACGAGCAUCACUUCGACCGACUCGAGAAUCUCCUCCAAAGGACCUCGGGCCAGAUCAUCUACGGCGGCCACCGCGACCGGGCAACGCGAUUUUUCAGCCCAACCAUCGUCGUAGGAGUCCAGCCCGGCGACGCAUUAUUAGCAGAAGAACUCUUCGGGCCCAUUCUCCCGGUGGUGGACGCAGAGCUGAAUACCGCGAUCGCGAUCACACGGGGGAUGGAGCACCCGCUGGCGAUCUACGGGUUCACUGACGACCGCAACGAACAAUCCCGCAUCUUGAACGAGACCCAGUCGGGCGGCGUGACCUUCAACGACUGCAUGCUGCACGUCGCCGCGCGCGACGCACCCUUUGGCGGCAUCGGGAACUCCGGCCACGGAUACCACCAUGGCAUCCACGGCCUGCUGGCCUUCUCACAUCUCCGCACCCAUAUCCACGCUCUGCCGUUUUGGAUGGAAUCACUGAUGGAGGCGCGGUAUCCGCCCUACUCGCGCCAGAAGACGAGCACUAUUGCCCCGUCAGUGACUCCGUCCUUUGACCGAGACGGCAAAGAUGCGAGUGCCAUGGGCAGCUGGUCAGCCUGGGCACUUGGUCUGGGCGCUGUGGCUACUGCUGCAACAUGUUCUUACCGGUGGCUACGGCAUUAG